UAUAUUAAAACUGUUUGUACUUAUUUUAAAGAAAUAUGUUCAGCUGCUAUAUUUCCACCAUUCGAAUGAACCAGUAACUAUGCAACUGGUUCAGUGUGGUAAAAGCUGCAUGUGACUAUCAAUCAGCGGCUGCCUAUGUUGACCCGGGGUAAUAAUUCUAUAAUUAGAUUAAAUCAAAGAGAUAUGUGACCUAUUAAAGGCUAAUCAGAGAUGAAUGAAAAAAAAGCAGGGAGGACGUGUUCACUGUGACAAUUCUGUUAUUAACGUGUGACUCUACAGGCUAAUCACUUCAGCAUUCAUUAUUCCCUUGAGUCAAGCAGCUCAUUAGUCUGCCACGAGUUACAUCUAAACACGUCAUGCAUUCAAGAACAUGGCAGUUGAUUUAUUGUCUAAUUUAGUAUUUAUUAUCAUUCGUCUGAUAUAAUAUAUAUGUUGCAGAACAUAUGACAGAAUAUGGUUGUCACAGGUUUAAUAUGCACAGAAGUCUCAACAAUCAUCAGUCACCUUGAUGAUAUGGUUGUUUAGAUGCCUGGUGACACAGUCAAGGGUGUUUUGCAUGAAUAGCAGAGGGCCCAGGACCGAGCCCUGGGGGACACCUGUGUCCGAUAUGAGACAGUAUGAGCUUUGAUGGUGGAAUCUAAUAACUGUUGACCAAUUAGUCGACAAGUCAAAGACACAAAGCAUAUGUGUCUUGAAAAGGAGUGGUUUCAUUCAACUAGAAAAUGCAGCAAGACGAAUAGUUUGGGGGUUAAUCUGAUCAAUAGACUUUAACAUUACACUUAAUAUAAUUGGAACUCAGCAAUGACCAGUGUUUUUGCACACUGUAUGUUUAAUGUUUUUAGGUUAAAAAGUGAGAAAUAACUUUAAUGUAGUCAAAAACCAACACCGUUAAAAAUAAAAGUUCUUUAUUGGCAUCAAUGGUUCCGUGAAGAAAAUCCAUGGAAACUUUCCACUCCACAAAAGGUUCUUUAGACUGGAAAAGGUUCCUCUUUAGAUUAUUAAAAUGUUCUCCACAAUAAGAAAACAUGGUUCUUUUAAGAGCUGUUCACUGAAAGGUUGUUUGGGAACCCAAAUGGUUCUUUUAUGGCAUCGCUGCGAAAACCCCAGUUUCAGAAACUUUAUUUCUUAAGAGUGAAAUCUCAGAAAGCUCUACAAUGAAUAGUCCUGUGUUAAUUCACCUGUCUGAUGUUAUGCCACAUCACGGGCCGUUAAUGACGCACAUCCCUGUUACUGGACAAUGUAGUGACCAGUCCACUGACCUAAUCAGGUCACAUCAUUAUCAUUUAGAUGGCUAAGACUCCUUGAUUGUAGCUAACAGGUAAUAACGUGAUAAAAUCACGCAGCAAAGAGGUAUAAAAAGAGUCUCCUCACAGCGUACAAAUGAACAUCGCUGCUUAAAAGCUGAAUCGCUUCACUAGCUCUCAAUUUCAGCCUCGGUAAAGUAAGUACAGCAUCUUUAUUAAGAGUACUGUCAUAUUUAGAGUCUGUUGUGUUAUUUUUGUGUCUCUGGCACAGAUAUGUCUGGAAGUCUGCUCUCAGUGGUCGGUCUGCUGUGUCUGCUGUCCGUUUGCUCGGCCUGCUACAUCUCUAACUGCCCCAUCGGAGGCAAACGAGCCGUACAGGAUUGGCCAUCUCGACAGUGCAUGGCAUGUGGUCCAGGCGAUCGUGGCCGGUGUUUUGGUCCCAGUAUCUGCUGUGGUGAAGGUAUCGGCUGCUUGGUUGGUUCUCCAGAAACACUCCGCUGUCUGGAGGAAGAUUUUCUUCCUUCUCCAUGUGAAGCGUCUGGAAAAGCGUGCGGUUAUGAGGGACUCUGCGCUGCUCCCGGGGUCUGCUGUGACUCAGAGGGCUGCAGUAUGGAUCAGUCGUGUGUGGAUGGAGACGCUGACGGUCCAGCCGCCGCUUCAUCUGCCAGCAGCCAAGAUCUCCUGCUAAAGCUGCUGCACCUGUCAAACCACGCCCACCCCAACAGACUCCACCAAUGAAACGCUCACAGAAGAGUGACAUCACCUCAGGAGGAGCCGCCCACUGACCACAAUGACUCAUCACCUACUUUUUGUAAACCAAGUUUGUAUAGCUGCUAGAUAUUUAUAUGGCUAAUACAUAGAAGCGGAUAUUAGUAGUGCUGUAUUGAUGAUAGCUUGACUGUACAUUUGUGCAGCUAUUAAACUCUGAGAGAAAUCCUCUGUUUAAGUGCAUUUCAUCACAGAGACAAAUCUAUUCAUUUACACAUUUUCUGCGUUUUGUCUCAUCUGCUUCAUUGCUCCGUUCUACUGCAAACUAUUUGAGACCUUUACUCAUGUAUUUUCUCCAUUUGGACGAACUCGCUUGUGCCCACAAUGCUUCAAACUCACACCUGAGGUUCUGAAUGCACACACACAACAAAAACACAGGAAAGCAGAAGUUAAGCUGCAACACGGCUGUCAUCGUUUACACUCAAUAAUUCAAAACUGUUCACACUUGUUUCUAAAUAUUUAAAUAUACAAAAUAUAAGCCAGUUCAAACUGCGCAGAUGGCAUGGGUGCAUCUGUCAAUCUGAGAAGACGAGGCUGAGGAAGAGCAAGAACAGUCAUUUCAAAAAGUUCAAAAGAAGAAUGCAAAGAACUUUUCUUUUACACUUUUUUUAUACACCGUAUUUUGGUCAUUUCAAUGUAUUCUUGUGUAGAACUGCAAGACUACCACGUUAGGGUGACAUACACAUGCUGUCUAAUGUCUGAUAUACAUACUGUAUAAUAUAUAUAUAUAUAUAUACACACACACACACGUUUGUGAAUUGUGGGGACUUUCCAUAGACUUCUAUUACUUUUAUACUUACCAAAACAUAUUUUCUAUCCCCUAAACCUACCCCUUACAGAAAACCUGCUUACAUUCUUACACUUUCAGAUAAACAUCAUUUACUAUUUUUAAUCAUUUUUCCCCUCGUGGGGAUCGCAGGCUGGUCUCAACAAUGUCAAAUAUUUCAGGGUUUACUAUCCUUGUGGGAACAUUUGGUCCUCUUUUUGUUGGCAUAUUCACCAAACGUAGGUGUGAUUUCUUUUGAGUGUGUGUAUAGCUUUCUUUUUUAUUUGCAAAAUGAUUACUAUAUACAGUAAACAUUCUUUUUUUGUAACUACAUGCACUGGACACUGUCCUCCACUUUCUGGUGUGUCUAAUGAUCUGUAGUGUGUAUAUUAUUGACUCUUUGUUUGAUUUUGCCAGAAGAGUCAGGGCUUCUGUGAAUUUAGUUUGAAGAUUUGGAUUUGUGUUUAAGGUUUUGAGAAAAUGAGUGAUGGUUUCAAAAAAAUGUGUUUUAGCAAUUUAGAAAAAACUGUAACUAGAGUUGAGGUCCAAAACUGAGUUUGCUAGGGGGUAAUUACAGGUAAAUGAUAACAGAAUGAUAAUAGAAUUUUAAUUAUUGGGUGAACUUUCCCUUUUAAUUUUGAGCACAGACCAGCCAUGGGCAUGUAUACAAAGCUGGAAACAUUUUUGCAAAUAUUUAAGUUAAAUGACUGUCCUAACCACAACCCGUAAACACACAGGUCAGAGACAGACAUGUCAACCGCAUGACUUUAUGGCCUGAACACUCGGGCAAGAGAUCAUAACCACCAUAAUCACCUUAAUAACCAAAGUCCAAGUGUUCACUACGCUACAAUAAAACCUUCUCAAGCUAAACAAUCUUUCAUCACACACACACACACACACACACACCUGACGGCUGCACUUGUAGAAAAACAAGCAUUUCUAAGAAGAGAUUCACAGUGUUGUUUAUUCAGAGCAAUUAAAGACACUGACAGACUUAUAGGAAAAAGCAUUAUGGAUAUUCAAACCAAAGAGGUACAUUUGAUUUUGAGCCAAAUGGAUUUUAAAAGCAAAUUCCAAAAGACAAUAAAAGAAAUAUUUGAAGAGUUCAGAUGCAGAAGCCUCUGAGUGCUAUUUGAAAUGUUCUUCUAAA